CUACAUUGGUUCGUCUAGGGGCUGCUUCCUUGAAAAUGAGCUGCACCAGAUUGACUAACAGCUGACGGCUCAAGCGAUAAUGCUCGUCAAAGAUUUCAGAAGAGGACCAGUUCCCCUGAAUGAUGAUGCUGGAGAGUGGUGUGCCGCCCUUCAUGGCAGCAUUGGACCUAAUGUGGCGGCUGGACAUAUUCUUGCUGCUAGCUCAGAUCUUGGCAUAUUCGGGUGAGAUCUCGGAGAGAAAAUGGACGAGCUUUCCAAUACGGUCGGUAGACUAUGCCUUGGUGAUAUCCUACGGGUUGUGGAUGGACUUGGAUGUGCAGGAUCCAUGGGGUAAAGCUCCAUGGUGGAACCACCAGAACAGGAAAAGAUCUGUUCUAGGAGUUGCUCACCUGGAGAAGCGUCAUAGCACCUAAUUAGAUGGCGCCUAGCGCUGGACGAUGGCAGCCCCAUUGCUCCUUGUUCUACGGAGAUUGAUCUACACCGUUAAAUGAUUCGGC